AUGCCAACAGCCUCGCUCAACUCUUUUGGGUUUCUUUCUAGUAUAAAUGAUAUAGGUAGGCAGUUUGAGUUAGAGAUCCUAGGCCAAGAUAUUUCUACUAUUACAGCACUAGAAAAUGUGAUGUGUGAAGCUGGGGCCGAGUCUAGUAAAUCGACCGAUUCAGCUUUGGAAGGAGGCAGUAAGGCGAAAAAAACCAGAGAAAGAAAACCCAGGUCUAAGUCUGCUGGCAUUUCUGAAUCAUCUAUCAUCCAGAAUCAGCUAACACCUGAAAGCUCAGAAGAUUUGAAUAUUAGCAAAGAGGAUCUGCAUAUGUAUUAUGAGAAAGAAGCUAGACGAGAUGAAAAAAUUAAAGCUGAAAUACGUUGUAAAUUAGCUAUAUAA